AUGCGCACUUCCAAGCUUUCGCGAGAUACGGGUCGUAUAUUCAAUGCGAUAACGACCAAUACAAGAUCAACGAGGAGCUCGAGGACUGCAGGAAAGAGUAUCGCCACCUUUGCACUGGGUUAUGAUGGUACAGUUGAGGUCAAAGAGGAGGAACAGCUUACCACUUUGGACUCAACUCCGCCGCCAGCAAGCGAUAUAGAGGAUGUUGGAAGUCUUCCGGGGUCCUCGAAGAAGCGAAAGAGGAAUGGGGUAGCUGCUUCGCCCGCAAUUCCAAAAACUAUCAUCAAGACUGAACGGAAGACUCCCUCGAGAACACCCAGACGGAAAGCAGUAAAACACGAAGAACACGAAGACGAUGUCGCAGCCUCGGAGGAUGAAGACUUUGCAGAAGAGACCGGCUCCCCAUCUAAAUCGUUACCGAAACUUCCAGCAAAACGCUCAACCUCGCCAGGAGGAACGCUGCGCUACAAACCUCCCUCAAACUGGGACACGAUAUAUGACCUUAUCAGAGACUUUCGCGCUGCGAAUCCUAUAGCCCCCGUCGACACAAUGGGCUGUGAGGACCUGUACCACCAAGCAUCUCCUUCCCACGAACAACGCUAUCACACCCUCACAGCCCUCAUGCUGUCCUCUCAGACAAAAGACACAGUCACUGCCGCAGCAAUGCAAAGACUACACACAGAGCUCGCAUCCCAUGCUCCUACAGACCCAACGACAGGCAAGGUUCUCACGUCCUGUCUAACGGUCGCGAAUAUCCUCAAAGCCGAUCCCGUCCACCUCGACAGCCUAAUAGGCAAAGUAGGCUUCCACAACACAAAGACAAAACACAUCAAGCAAGUCGCGCAGAUCCUGCAAUCUCAAUAUAAAAAUGAUAUACCCGAUACCAUUGAAGGACUAGUCUCCCUACCAGGCGUCGGUCCCAAAAUGGCAUAUCUCUGUAUGAGUGCAGCAUGGAAGCAGGACGUCGGGAUAGGCGUUGACGUACAUGUUCAUCGGAUCACGAAUCUGUGGGGCUGGCAUACCACCAAGACACCAGAGCAGACGAGGGAAUGGCUUGAGGGAUGGCUCCCGCAUGAUAAGUGGCAUGAGAUCAACAAGAUGCUGGUCGGGCUGGGGCAAACUGUGUGUUUGCCUAUUGGGAGGAGGUGUGGUGAGUGUCCGCUUGCUGGAAGAAGGUUAUGUAAAGGCGAGGUUAAGGGGUGGGUGAAGAAGGAAGAGAAGAAGAGGAAGAGAGUCAAGAAGGAGGGUGUGGAUGUUGAGGUCGAGAAGGAGGAGGCGGAGAUUAAAUUGGAUGGUGGUGGUGUUUUACAUGAAGAGAAGGUAGAGGUGAAGCAAGAAUCUGUGGAAGAUUUGAGGUGA